AUGGUGAAGGGGCUGCAACUACCAGGACAACAAAACCUGCCACCCGAUGUGACCCAUCUCAUCGAUCAGCUGGAGCGCCACUGCCUGGCUCCCGAUGCUUCCCUCGUCUCCAAUUCCGCUUACUCCGACCUCCAACUUGCCAGGGAGGAAAUGUCCAACGAAAGACUGCGUUACUUGGAAGCCAUGGCAAUUUACAGUGAGGCAAUUGCAAUGGUGGAGGAGUAUGAACAAGGCUUGAACAACUCUCCUCAGCUGUAUGAAACAUUAGAGCAUCGUAUGACUAUUGCGGAAGCAGCUCAAAGGUUGAGGCUUCCUCUUAUCUCCAAGGAUGGUGAAAUUCAUGAGGACGAAAUUGAAAAAUGCAGUAUGAUGUCACGGAGUUCCCUUGAUAGCACUUGCACCAGUUUUACAGUCAGCUCAAGUUCCAACUCGACAAAUUGUACUACUGCAAAUAGCACUAGUGCAGCAAACAACAAUAUGUCUCUUAGUGCUGCUGAUGUUGUGGAACCUGCAAUUGGUGGUGUACCCAAUCGCUUUCUUGGGAUUACACCUGGUUAUCUAUGGCAAACACAGCUCCAGCAAACCCCCUUAUCCAUGGAUAUGACAGAAUACCAGUUGUGUCUUUCCCAUGAGAUUGAGGCUCGUUUGAAAGCUAAAUGUGAUGUGUUAGCUGAUGCCUUUAUUCAUCACCCGGGCAUCAAAUUUCAAGCGCUCCGCUUCCAGAAAGGUUUCGGUUACUCUCUUAAUGUAACGAUAAAGUUGAUAAUCGAGGAAACGGAAAGGGAGGAAGCAGCUCUUCAGGAAGAUCUAUAUUCUGCAGAUAGAAAAUUUUCUGAGUAUUAUAAUGUCUUGGAGCAGAUAGUGGGGGUUCUUAUGAAGCUGGUCAAAGAUUUGAAGUUGCAACAUCAACAUAAAUAUGAUGAACAGCAAAAGAUAUGGCUGUGCAAAAGGUGUGAGACAAUGAGUGCAAAAUUGAGGAAAUUGAAGUAUUCUGUCCUUGGUCAAACUUAUACAAAGGAUUCAGUACCGGCCCUAUAUAAAAUACGGAAGUAUCUUCUUGAUUCUACAAAAGAAGCUGAUGCUACAUAUGAUAAAGCGAUUACCCGCCUUCGCGAGUACCAGGAUGUUGAUCCUCACUUUGAUAAAAUUGCAAGGCAGUACCAUGAUAUAGUAAAGGAAUUGGAAAAUAUGCAAUGGACGAUCCACCAGGUUGAAAUGGACUUAAAACACCUCCCAGAUCAACCCAAUGCAUAG